UAGGACUAAGGAAAAAUGAUAAUGUGGUUUUUGGGUCGAGUUGUCAUGUAUUUUGAGUCAGUGUUAGAGCAACUCCAAUGGUAAGCUAAUUGUGAAAUUAGCUUGCCAUACCACCUAGGAUUGCAAAGCUAAUCUACCUUGUAGCUAAUUAAUCCCACAAUGGUUAAGCUAAUUUUUAAUAAUUUUUUUUUAUUUAAUUUUUUUUAAUUCCCACAAUUUGCUAAGCUAAUUAGCUUAGCUAAGCGAAUAGCUUUGCCCAGCUAAUUUGGUAAUGCAAUUCCAAUGGUUAAGCUAAUUAUUUAUUAGUUUCAUAAAUUGCAAGCUAGUCCUAAUUUUACACCGUUGGAGUUGCUCUUACCAAGUCUCAUAUUUCAAUUUAAUUUUGCAAAAGUAUUAGCACAGCUGCCUGGGACAGGAAUCGAACCUGCGAUCUUCUGGCCAUAAAUUACUUCUACACUUACACUCUUAAUUUCUUUCGAGUUUCCACCAUUGUUGUCAAAUCCUUCUCCCUCCCUCUCUCCCCUCCAUUGAAGCGUACUCCUAAUUCUCCAUUGAAGCGUCUUCUGAGAUUUCCCUCUUCAAUUGAAGCAGCUUUUCAGAACUAUGAAAAUGGUUUAGGUUGGAAUAUAUGUGGCAGCAGAUACUUGUAAGAGGAACUAUGCUAUGCCGUAUUUCAGGAAUUAUCCAUCAUUUGGAUUAUAGGCAUGGUCUAUCCUACGUCAUUCAUAGUAGAUUUACAUCCUUGCAUGGUAAACAUCCCGAGCAGGAGCUCAGGGGUCUUACAUCUCCUGGUCGGGAUAGCAACGGAAGCUCUAGAUAUAUCCAGCUAUCAAACCAAAGUGUUGAAGAUGUGUGCAAAAUCUUAGAGAGUGGACCUUGGGGCCCUGGCCUAGAGACUGCUUUACGUGGGAUCAGUGAAAAGCCUCAGCAAGAACUAAUCAUUGCAGUCUUAAAGAAGAUGAAGGAUGCCAAUACAGCCAUAAAAUAUUUUCGAUGGACUGAGAGGAGCACUAACCAAGUGCAUUGCCCUGAGGCAUAUAAUAUUCUCCUCAUGAUCAUGGCUAGAAGUAGACAGUUCCAUAAUCUUGAAGAGAUAUUAGAGGAGAUGAGUCAUGCUGGUUUUGGGCCAUCAAACAGCACAUGUGUUGAGUUUGUUUUAUGCUGUGUAAAGUCGCAUAUGUUGGAUCAGGCUUUCAAUUUUAUACAAAUUAUGAGGAAAUUCAAGUUCCGACCUGCGUUCUCAGCUUAUACAACUCUUAUAGGCUCUCUUUCUGUGGUUAACAAGCCUGACCUUCUGCUUACUCUCUUUCAACAGAUGCAAGAGCUAGGUUAUGAGGUAAAUGUACAUCUGUUUACCACUGUCAUUCGCGCUUUUGCCCGGGAAGGGAAUAUUGAUGUUGUUCUCUCUCUGCUAGAUGAGAUGAGAAACAAUGCUUUUGUGGCAGACAUUGUACUUUAUAAUGUAUGCAUUGACUGUUUUGGGAAGCUUGGCAAGGUGGAUAUGGCCUGGAAAUUCUUUCACGAAAUGAAAGCACAGGGUUUUAUGCCCGAUGAUGUGACAUAUACUAGCAUGAUCGGGGUUCUAUGCAAAGCUAAUAGGCUUGAUGAAGCAGAAGAGCUUUUUAAUCAGAUGGAAGAUGGACGUGAAGUACCAUGCGCAUAUGCAUAUAGCACCAUGAUAAUGGGUUACGGCUCAGCUGGGAUGUUUGAAAAAGCCUAUCUGCUACUGGAGAGGCAAAAGGAAAAAGGGUCAAUUCCGAAUGUGAUUGCUUACAACUGCAUUCUUACUUGCCUCGGUAGGAAAGGGAAAGUAGAAGAGGCUUUAAAAUUAUUUGAUGACAUGAAGAAAGAUGCAGCACCCAACCUUCUAACAUAUAAUAUUCUUAUAGACAUGCUAUGCAGUUUAGGGAAUGUUGAUGCCGCUCUUAAAUUGCAAGAUGCCAUGAGAGAAGCUGGAUUAUUUCCUCAUGUUAUGACUGUAAACAUUAUGAUCAAUCGUUUGUGUAAAGCCCGUAAACUUGAAGAAGCUUGUUCCAUAUUUGAAGGGCUAGACCAUAAAUUCUGCACCCCAGAUGCUGUAACAUUUUGUACCUUAAUUGAUGGUUUAGGUCGCAAUGGUAGAGUUGAUGAUGCAUACAGAUUGUACGAAAAGAUGUUGGAUUCUGGCCAUGUUCCUAACGCUGUUGUAUUUACAUCUCUUAUCCAGAAUUUCUUUAAUGUUGGCAGGCCAGCAGAUGGUCACAAGGUUUACAAGGAACUGCUUCGUAAUGCCUGUUCUCCUGACCUGAGACUCCUUAAUACUUACAUGGAUUGUGUUUUUAAAGCUGGUGACGUUGAUAAAGGCAGAGCAUUGUUUGAGGAAAUUAAGACUAGAGGGUUUGCUCCAGAUGUACAGAGCUAUUCAAUAUUGAUAAAUGGUCUUGUCAAGGCAGGAUUUGCACGUGAAACCUAUCAAAUAUAUUACUCGAUGAAGGAACAAGGCUAUGUAUUGGAUACUCGUGCAUAUAAUAUUAUUAUUGAUGGAUUUUGCAAGUCAGGUAAGGUGAACAAGGCCUACCAAUUACUGGAGGAAAUGAGAGCAAAAGGUGCUGUGCCCACUGUAGUCACUUAUGGUGCUGUUAUUGACGGGCUUGCAAAGAUUGACAGGCUUGAUGAAGCAUAUAUGCUCUUUGAGGAAGCCAAAUCAAUUGGAAUCAUUCUGAAUGUGACUGUUUAUAGUAGCCUUAUUGAUGGCUUUGGGAAAGUUGGUAGAAUUGAUGAAGCAUAUCUGAUUAUGGAAGAAAUGAUGCAAAAUGGCCUGACACCUAAUGUGUACACAUGGAAUUCUCUGCUUAAUGCGCUGACCAAGGCAGAGGAGAUCAAUGAAGCCCUUGUCUGCUUUCAGUCAAUGAAAGAUUUGAAAUGCACUCCAAAUGCUUUCACUUAUAGCAUUCUCAUUGAUGGUCUUUGUCGUGUUCGCAAAUUCAACAAGGCCUUUGUAUUUCUUCAAGAUAUGAAGAAACUAGGACUAGAGCCCAAUGCAGUGACCUACACUACCAUGAUUUGUGGACUUGCAAAGGCUGGCAAUGUAACAGAAGCUUAUGCACUUUUCAAGAAGUUUAAAGAAAAGGGAGGUAGACUUGAUUCAGCCUGUUAUAAUGCUACAAUAGAAGGGCUAAGCAUUGCAAAUAGGGCUUUAGAUGCCUACAUGCUUUUUGAAGAGGCCCGUCAGAAAGGAUUUGAUAUUCAUUCCAAAACUUGUGUUGUUCUUUUAGAUGCAUUGCACCGUGCUGAUUGUCUUGAACAGGCAGGAUUUGUUGGUGCCAUCCUCAAGGAAACUGCAAAAGCAAAGCAUGCUUCAAGAUCUUUUUGAUUAAAUUACACUGUAGAAAUUUUUGAGAAUGAGGAUUAGCCACUGUCAGUAUAGGUUGAUGAAAUACGAGUCUUUGAUCUGGCGAAUAGGCUCUAUCAAUGAGAUACCUCAUCCUUCUCUGUACAUCAGCUUUACUCUCCUCUCUAUAGUGCGGCUCGUCUUGUUUCUAAACUUCCAUCAUCCAGUCGCUAACAUGCAUGCAUCCU